CAGCGAUAGUACUAUCUGCACAUUCAACAACAGCCAGCGAAUCAGCCCCAAACCUCUUCAGCUGCUUCAAUACUAUCAACCGGUUGAAAUCCUCCCCUUCGCCAUCAAUUGUCGCCAAAAUGCAGUCUUGGAAGAACUUUUCUGCGCAGCUCCCCGCUGUGGACAUGAGCGCCAUGUCCAAGAAUCUCAGAAACACUGUUCAGGCUACUAGGGAAAAGCUGGGCAAUGUUGGACCAGAUGGCAUCACAGAACUCCCUGCCGAAUACAAGCAGCUCGAAGCUCGCGUUGACGGUCUGAGAGAAUUGCACCAGAAGAUCCUCAAGAUUGCCAAGGUCCACGAGACCGAGUCGUAUGAUUACCCCUCUGAUAUCGCGGAGAGCGUUCAGGAUAUGGGCCAACAGGCCGCCAGUGCUUGGAGCUCAUUCGCCAACAAGAACUUGAAGAACACCAACCUUCCCAUUCCGAUUCCUGCACAGGGUGCUCCUACGCCCCAUCAGCCCAAGACCCUCCCUCACGCCAUGUCUCGAGCUGCCAAAGCAGGUGCGACAGAACUCGGAUCAGGAGACCGAUUGGGAAUGGCUCUUGCAGUCUAUGGAUCUGCUAUGGAAAAGGUCGGAGAUGCUCGUAUGAGCCAGGACCAAAUGAUUUCUGAGAAGUUUGUCACUCCCUGGAGCGCUACUUUGUCCACCUCCAUUGGACUCGCGAUGAAGGCACGCGCAAACGUCAAAACUGCUCGACUGGAACUCGACUCGGCUCGAGCAGCCUUGAAAUCGGCCGCUCCCGCCAAGCAGGAACAAGCGAGACUUCACGUGGAAGAGGCCGAGGACAAGCUUGUCCAGAACACCGAGACUGCCAUUGGACUCAUGAAGGCUGUCCUCGAGAACCCCGAGCCCAUACAAAACCUGUCCAACUUGGUCAAGGCUCAACUGAUAUUCUAUUCUAGCGCCGCAGAAACUUUGAGCGGCAUCCAAGGCGAGAUUGACGAAGCUGCUACUGCUGCCGAGGGAGAAUACAGAACAUCUCGUGGUGCUUAAGCGGAGGAGUUGGGACCUGCAUAAGACUUGCUUUCUAGGACGAUAUUGAUCAUGCUGAGGACGUCAUUCUGGUCUGUGAAUAGAUUUGAGCUUAGCAGGCCCUCUUUGUGAUGAACUACAUGAGGCUCUGGCUGAGGGGAUCCCUUACAACACUCGUUGCAGCUGUGACAUGUUCUGGUCUAUGCGUAUUGACAGUAAUGAAUACAGUGAGGCGCUUGG